CAUUUUUGAUAGAAUUUGACUACUAGGGGACCUCAGCAUUCAAAACAAGGCAGAUGUCAGCGAACGACUCUUCUCCUCCAUCCGUACAGAAGUUUUCCCCGCCUGUAUAUCAUGCUGCUGCACCGCAAACCCCAAGUUUAUCUUCAAGCCCCCAGUCGGGGCUCUCCAGUCGACUUUCCAAUGGGAGUUUCAGCACACAGAGCCUCACCAACUCCAGGGGCUCUAUGCACGGGGUCUCCUUCCUUCUGCAGAUCGGUCUCACUCGAGAGACUGUCACCAUUGAAGCUCAGGACUUGUCUCUCUCUGCUGUGAAAGACCUCGUGUGCUCUAUAGUUUACCAGAAGUUCCCAGAGUGCGGGUUUUUCGGCAUGUAUGACAAAAUUCUGCUCUUCCGUCAUGACCUGAACUCAGAUAAUAUUUUGCAACGGAUCACGUCAGCAGAAGAGAUACAUGAAGGAGAUCUUGUUGAGGUUGUUCUUUCUGCUUUGGCUACAGUUGAGGAUUUCCAGAUUCGACCUCAUGCGCUUUAUGUGCAUUCCUACAAGGCUCCUACUUUUUGUGACUACUGUGGAGAGAUGCUUUGGGGUUUGGUACGACAGGGCUUAAAAUGUGAAGGUUGUGGAUUAAACUACCAUAAGAGAUGUGCCUUCAAGAUCCCUAAUAACUGUAGUGGAGUGAGAAAGAGGCGUUUGUCUAAUGUGUCCUUACCAGGAGCAGGGCUUUCAGCUCCAAGACCAGUGCAAGCUGAAUAUACAACCUCUGCCUCUGAAGAGCGCUGCUGCCCAGAACCUAGUAAACGGAUCCCUUCCUGGAGCGGCCGUCCCAUCUGGAUGGAUAAGAUGGUGCUUUGCAGGGUGAAGGUCCCACACACCUUUGCUGUCCAUUCUUACACUCGUCCUACCAUAUGCCAGUAUUGCAAACGGCUGCUCAAGGGCCUUUUCCGCCAAGGAAUGCAGUGUAAAGAUUGCAGAUUCAAUUGUCACAAACGUUGUGCAUCUAAAGUGCCUAAAGACUGUCUUGGGGAGGUGAUUUUCAAUGGAGAACCUGCUAGCCCAGGCCAGGAUCUGGACAUGCCAAUGGAAGUUGAUAGCAGUGAAAUGAACAGUGACGGUAGCCGGAGUCUGGAUGAUGUUGAAGAGCCUUCCCCUCCAGAAGACAAAAUUUUUUUUAUGGACCCAUCUGACCUUGAUGCAGACAAAGAUGAGGAAGCUGUCAAAACGAUCAGUCCUUCAACAAGCAAUAUUCCACUUAUGAGGGUUGUGCAGUCCAUCAAACACACAAAGAGGAAGAGCAGUACGAUGGUGAAGGAAGGAUGGAUGGUCCAUUAUACUAGCAGAGACAAUCUGAGAAAAAGACAUUACUGGAGACUGGACAGCAAAUGCCUCACACUGUUUCAAAAUGAAUCUGGAACAAAAUAUUACAAGGAGAUUCCACUUUCAGAAAUUCUCCAGGUGACUCAGCCUCGAGAUUUUUCAAACAUGGUGCAGGGCAGCAACCCAUACUGUUUUGAGAUCAUCACUGACACCAUGGUGUACUUUGUUGGAGAAAACAAUGGCAGCAGCCAUCACAGUCCUGUUCUUGCUGCCACCGGAGUUGGACUUGACGUAGCUCAGGGCUGGGAGAAAGCCAUUCGCCAGGCUUUGAUGCCAGUCACUCCUCAAGCUAGCGUUUGUACUGCUGCAGGACAAGGAAAAGAUCACAAGGAGUUAUCUCUCAGCAUCUCUGUUUCAAACUGCCAAGUCCAGGAGAAUGUGGAUAUCAGCUCUGUGUACCAGAUAUUUGCUGACGAAGUUCUGGGUUCUGGUCAGUUUGGCAUUGUCUAUGGAGGAAAACAUAGGAAGACUGGAAGGGAUGUGGCUAUCAAAGUCAUCGACAAGAUGAGGUUUCCAACCAAACAGGAAAGUCAGCUUCGUAAUGAAGUGGCUAUUCUCCAGAAUUUGCAUCACCCUGGAAUUGUAAACCUGGAAUGUAUGUUUGAAACCCCGGAGCGGGUCUUUGUUGUGAUGGAGAAGCUGCAUGGUGAUAUGCUGGAAAUGAUUCUUUCCAGUGAGAAAAGUCGGCUGCCAGAGCGUAUAACGAAGUUCAUGGUCACGCAGAUACUUGUUGCUUUGAGGAAUUUACAUUUCAAGAAUAUUGUGCACUGUGAUUUAAAACCAGAAAAUGUACUACUAGCAUCAGCAGAGCCAUUCCCUCAAGUGAAGCUCUGUGAUUUUGGCUUUGCACGUAUCAUUGGUGAAAAAUCUUUCAGGCGCUCGGUGGUGGGGACCCCUGCUUAUCUUGCCCCUGAAGUGCUCAGAAGUAAAGGCUACAACCGCUCCCUAGACAUGUGGUCGGUAGGAGUCAUUGUCUAUGUGAGCCUCAGUGGUACAUUCCCGUUCAAUGAAGAUGAGGAUAUAAAUGAUCAGAUUCAAAAUGCAGCAUUUAUGUACCCGCCAAAUCCCUGGAAGGAAAUCUCUACUGAAGCUAUUGAUUUAAUAAAUAAUUUGCUUCAAGUGAAGAUGAGAAAACGUUUCAGUGUUGACAAGUCUCUUAGUCACCCGUGGUUACAGGAUUAUCAGACUUGGCUUGAUCUCAGAGAAUUUGAAACGCGCAUUGGGGAGCGCUACAUCACGCACGAGAGCGACGAUGCGCGCUGGAAAGAGCACGCUUCCGAGCACCACCUCGAGUACCCCCAGCACUUCAUCAUGGCUCCAAACCCGGAUGACAUGGAGGAGGACCCUUGAGUCACUCGUUAACGCUAACCUGCAGCAAAGGAGGGCACUCCAGAC